AUGGAUGAAGAGGAUAAUCGGGCUAGUAGGGAAGAGUACAAGUUAUUUAGGAAAAAGGUUAAGUUAGCAGUUACGACUGCUAAGACGACAUAUUUUGAGAGCUUGUAUAUGGGGUUGGAGGAGCGAGGUGGGGAAAAAAGGUUGUAUAGGCUUGCUAAGGUACGGGAGAGAAAGGGUCGUGACUUAGACCAAGUAAAGUACAUUAAGAGGAAGGAUAGAAGUGUGAUGGUGGAGGACGCUCAUAUUAAGAAAAGAUGGCAGUCGUAUCUUCAUAGACUUUUCAAUAAUGAGGGGGACAUGGACAUUUUGCUAGGGGAGCUGGAGCACCUAGAGAGGCCUAUUCGUAGAAUGUGGAAGGGUAGGGCGUUAGGGCCAGACGAGAUCCCUGUGGACUUUUGGAAGUUUGCUGGUAGGGCUGGUUUAAGGUGGUUGACCAAAUUAUUUAAUGGCAUUUUCAAAACUGCAAAAAUGCCUGAGGCAAUGGACCUGGUGAGGAGAUUGGUGGAGCAGUAUAGAGAAAGGAACAAGGAUCUUUACAUGGUAUUUAUCGACUUGGAGAAGGCAUACACAAAGUUCCUAGGAAGGGUGUUUGGAGAUUCUUGGAGUAUGAGACGUUGCUUUUCUGUAAAACGCCGUGCGGGAACUUCGAAGGAAGGUUCAUGA